CUCCACACGUCUGCCUCUCCCUCCCAAGCAGGACACACUCCAACAUCCUCGUGAGUGCAUUCGCUCUUGUUCUUGUCGCAGCCUCAUCUUGUUCGUAUCUCCCCUUCUUGCCGGGCUAUCGCCAUAGCUCCCCUUAGCUUUGUCUGCCGGACGCCAGCCUCUUAGCUACCUCCCAUCCCCACCCUUCUCUUCUUACGGCGCAGCUCGCGUGUGAUCAAUCGCAUCGAGUGCUGUCGCCAUCUUGUUUACUCUUCAUUACUGCACCCCCUCCCAGACUAGUCGCAUUCCUCUUGUCACUCAUUUGUCCUCUGUCUAACCCGAGGCCGCCAUGGCAAACAGCUACUUUCGACUGUCUGGCGCUUGUCAGACGUCAGAUCCAUCUAUCGAGACUGCGUAUCCGUGUCCUGCCUAGCAGUAUCUCCUCACUGUGUUGAUGACUGGCUCAUCACACACUAUCUAAUACCCUUCAUUCAGCUGCUGUAGCUGCCUCUCUGCAACAAUGGACUCGUACAAUAGCACUCGAGAGGACUCCAGGCCGCCGGCCGACUCCUACCGACGACGCUCUCCUGCUGCCGGAGAUCGCAGGCCCAGGCGGCGCUCGCGGUCGCCUCAGAACAUCGACAGAUAUCAGCCCGACCGCGCUCGAGACUACGACCACCCGCGCCGUGAUGGAGGUCGCCGUCGCUCUUCUCCUCCGCCUGUACAGGCUGGCAUCGACCGCUACGUCCCUGGUCAGGACAGCUUCGCUCCUACGUUCACGACCAACCCGAUUCCGAAUCCCAUGUCGCUCGAAUACCAAGUUGGCUUCAACUACUUCGCUGAGUGGUGGCGCGUAGAACAGGUGAUGAAGGAGGAGAAGGAGCGUGCAAAAAAUGGCGGCAGGAAGCCAGUGCUCAAAGGCGAACGCGAAGCCCGCGAGGAGCGAGGCAAGGAGCGCGAACUCAUCCAGGCCGCGUACGAUGAGUACAAGGAGAAGCUCCAGGUGCAAAUGGCCAAGACUUUCGUGGACAAGCACAAGGGCGAGGAAUGGUUCAAGGAGCGCUACGACCCCGAGUACGAUCAAGCCUUCAAGGAGAAGCUGCGCGGGUACCGUCACGGUAUAUACACCGAGUGGGAGGGACAAAUCGAUGAGGGUUAUUUCGACGAGUUUACACUUGAGGGAAUCUACAAGAACGAUUCGAACGGCGCAGGCGGUAUUGUCGAGAAGGAGGAAGGCGAAACCACUGCUGCGAACGAAGUGUUGGGUGUAGGGGAUCUCCUGCCAUGCAAAGGCGGCGAGAUUCGUGACGAAUCAGCCUUCCAGCCCACACUGCUGAUCAAGACCAUCGCCCCUACCGUCAACCGGGAGAAAGUUGAGGAGUUCGCCAAAGAACAUCUUGGCGAGGGUCCCGGUGGAUUCAAGUGGCUCAGCCUGAGCGAUCCAAAUCCACUGAAGAAGUGCCAUCGUAUAGGAUGGGUGAUACUGCACCCGAAUGAUGAACAGCCCAUGGUCAUCGAUGACCGUGGUGAUGCACGCGACGAUGAAGGAGAAGAUGGAGCCCUUGAUGAGAAGCCUAUUCCUGCCCCGCAGAGCACAGCGCAGAAGGCACUCGAAGCCAUCAACGGCAAGACUGUCGAGGACGAAAAGCGCGGGAACUUUACCUGUCACGUUGGCGUGCACGAGACCCCUGCAGCUCCUCGAAAGAAGGCGCUCUGGGAUCUCUUCUCGGCACCCGAGCGAAUCGAGCGCGACUUGGAGCUAGCUGAAAGACUAGUCAGGAAGCUUGACGGUAAACUAAAAGCGAACCACGAGGAAGAGUUUGGCCAGAUUGAUGGUGUUGCCAAGAUCGAACAGCGUGUCGAGGAUCUUCGCUCGAAAGGUUGGCUACAGCCUCCAGCCAACGCCCCCGCUCCACCCAAGAAAGAGCGAGAUCCUGAAGAUCUGGAAGAGGGCGAAGACGAGACUAUGGACGAUGAAGAAGGGGCUUAUGACGAAGAAGUCGAUGACGAAGAGUUGCUGGUCAAGAAGAAGAAGCUCGAUCUUCUGAUUGAAUACCUUCGACGCGUACACAGCUUCUGCUUCUUCUGCGUGUUUGAGAGUGACUCGGUCCACGAGUUGAUCCGCAAGUGCGCAGGCGGACAUCUUCGCCGCCCUCGUGCCAGCCUGACAACAGCAGCGAAGGCCACUGCAAGGGCCACCGCUACCGGCGAGCCAUUCCCAUACAAGAAGCAAGAGUCUGGCGACGCCGAGAAUGGUGAGGGCAGCCCAGUCGCCGAGCGCAAGCCGAUGAAGCUGAGUGGGAAGAACCAGCAGCAGCUUCAACGGGCGUUCAAUUGGGUGAAGACUUACGAAGAGAAGUUGCUGCAGCUUCUGGAGCCAGAGAACGUGGACGUCCGCAAGCUUGGUGGCAAGCCACUUGAUGAGGCCAUGGAAGAUGAAUUAGCAAGGUCCUGCAAGCAAGAAGAUGAGUCGAAGUGGCGUUGCAAGGUCCCAGAAUGCACAAAGCUGUUUAAGGGUCAGAACUUCUGGCGCAAGCACGUCGAGAAACGCCAUCCGGAGUGGCUCGAGAAGUUGCAGAAGGACCUCGAACUCGUCAACAGCUAUGUCGUUGAUCCUGCACACAUCGCUCCCUCGCGCAGUGAUGCCAAUAGCAAUGGCCACUUCCCAAUGGGCAACCACGUUCAAGCAACGGGCACACCACGCGGAUUCAACCUUGCCAAUAUGAACAUGGCUAUGUCCAGCAACGGAAUGCAGAACGCGAUGAACGUUGGAAACAUGUUCAAUCCAGCCAUGGGUGGCAACUGGGAUCCCUCCCUCGGUACACACGAUGCUGGAGCUAUGCGCCGCGGCGGCCAGCGAUUCAAUAGCCGUACUGGGCCAUAUGAUAGGCAGAACCGCGACCGUCGCAACGGUCCGAAUGGUGGUAACGGCCGCCUUACACCUCCACCGCGCGGUGGACGACCUGGCGCGCAACGGCACGGUGAUGGUGGGCCAGGACCCCUGCAGUCUACACAGGGGCGUCAGAUCAAGAGCUACGAAGACCUUGAUGCUGUUGGUGGAGGCGGCAGUGGUGAGCUGAACUACUAGCCACAUCGGCACUGGAGCCACUGGAGCCACUGGAGCCACUCAAACAAACCAAACCAAGCUGGGCAGUGCGCUGUGUGAUCUGGUCAUAAGGUUGGCGUUGGGGUCGACUGUUCCAAUUUGCAGGCUAGUCUGUCAUUUGUUCUACUUGGGAAAGGACCAGGCAUGGGACAGGGCGUUCCUGGUCUAGCAUAUGCUGCACUUUAGUGCAUGCGUGUAACUUGUAUUCAUGAAAACCAUACGAUAGAUAAUCAAGGCAACUCAUGACAAAGUUUGCGUGCUUGUUGUUUCG